GACACCAUUUUUCUACGCCUACCCCCUAAUUCAGCUCCUCGUAUAGCAUGAUACCACCGUUGAUCAUACCCAGAGUUUCGCCUUCAAUCCCACUUUCGCACCUCUCCAAAUACCGCUUUAUUCACGUUUUGUGCGAACGGAUUGGCGACUGACUUCCCUCGGGAUUUCUGGUUUGCAUUUUGCGGAGGGCGUUGUUACCUGCAGAUACUCGGUGGCGGCUCUAAAUUUAGAGCUUACCGGAGCAGUCAAGUACCAGGGGGGGGGCACUUCCUAAGCGCCACUAACGGCAGAAGAGCCGUCUACCAGAGAUGGAGUGGUACCGGAUUGCGAUAUAAACUAGCUAUAUUGAUCUAGAACGGGACUGGAUCGACUCCGGAACAUGUGUGUGUAGGCCCCACUAUGCAAGCUAGACAUGCUAAGGUGGACCGGCAACAGAAAUCAACCUUCUUACAAGACGAUUUCCCCGCGAAACUUGAUCAGAGGUUGGCUCUCCACUGUGAAAGCUGGAAUUAAAGCUAACUCUCUAAGAUUGCAGUCCAGUGCAGCGAAAUCCGGUAUGCAAGAUGCAUGCAGCCUGGGAUGUAUGCAACAUAAUUCCUUUGUUGUUGUUUUUCCUUAAUACAGUAUACACUAAGAAUUUCUGUAUUGACUUUGAACAUAAUCCCUCUGUUUAUUUCUAGCCCAUUCGGGUGUCUUGGCAAGAAAAAAAAAUGUGCCAAGAAGGUUUUUGAAUUUAAGCAAGAAAUUUUUUCUCUCUCCCUUUCUCCUUUUUCCUAACCUCCUUCCUUUCAACUCUCAACACUUCUCUUUUUCAUUUGUUUUACAAAAUACACUAUCCUUGUCCUCCCUAUCUUUCAUCUCUUUCCUGGCUAGCAAAGUUUUUCCCUGACCUCCAAAGACUCAACCUCUCUUGUCACAACAUUUUCUGUGUUUUACAGGUAUUCUUUCCCACUUUGCCCCUUCUAGAUUUAUUUACUUUCUGUUAUUUCCUUGAUAACUUCCAUUUGUGCUUAACUUCACUGGUAACAUAUUUUUAUUUGUUUAUUUAACAGCUCUGGUUUUUAUCCCAAAUAUUUUAUCUAGAAGGAUUUUAACUAAUAUUUUUUCAUAACUUAUAGGGGUUUAGCCCACUAUGAAUUCCUCACUUCCUACCUUCGGUCCCGAGCCAACGGGCUCGCAAUCCUUGUGUAGCACAAAGCUGCUCGCCAUAUCAGCGGAUGGACAGGUCAGUACGCAGACUUACACUAGCAUAGUGUUGUUUUCCCCCCUGUAUUCUUGAGUAUGCUUGUUUAAGAGCAAUACAGUUAUCACUAUUGCUCGUUCCGUCUGAAUCAUAAAUGCUAACGUUAAUGUGAACUGGAGGAAAUCACAACUCGUUACUACAGCGAGGAACCUGAUAGGUUUAUCACUGCCAUAGAGCCGAUUGCUAAUUUUGCCUCAAUUAGGUAAGUUUUAAAUAAUUAUUUCUUCAUUAAUUUUUUCACUCCUUUGGUAUCAUCAUACUUACUUGUAUAUCAAACCCAACAACAGAGGUCUCAUCGGGUAUACAAGCCCACCUGAGAAAAAAAAAACUCACAUUCCAAAACUGACACCUCACUUCUCGUACUCGAUAUUAGCGGCGAAUUGCAAAAGGAGUUAGGAAGAAAAGGGGAUUCUGGCUUUGGUCAAGCAGAAUCCAAUCUUUCUGUUAAGGAUAUGAUCCAGGAGGGGAAAACAGAGGCUUUUCGGUCAGGGAAAAAGGUGAAACCCAACAAGAUCAUCCUUACUCAAACCCUUAAAAGGUAGCAAUUACUCAUAUAGUUGGACUUAGGGAGGCUACCAUACACGAAGUAGCAACCGGGUUAAGGCAAAAGAGGAGGAGGGCCUCGGUCGAAACGAAAACACUGAGGAAUAUCAAUCUUACGUUGCAAUGCUCAAAUUAGUUCCCGGCCCACCUAUCACAUUGAAAAACACGGUCAAUGACACUCCAAGCCCUGACCCCAGUUUCAAAUUCAUCAGCGAGAGCAAGCUUGACGAAGGGAUCAGUGAGCCAGAUGCUGGCUUCAUGGCUGGAUGUGAUUGCCCAGGUGGCUGCAAACCUGACACUUGUUCAUGCAAUUACGAUUAUCGUGGAUUGAGUCUGGAAUGGCUGGAGGACUCGGGAUUUGCCUAUGAUGAGAACGGGAGAGUCACCCGUCCCAACAAUAUAGGUAUUACUGAAUGCAAUAUGCUUUGCAAGUGUUCAAUAGAAUGCCAAAACCGAGUCAUUCAAAGAGGCCGAACGGUGAAAUUGGAGAUUUUUAUGACAAGAGAGUGUGGCUGGGGUGAGUACCUUUAUUUUUUGGAUUUUGAAUUUGAAUUUACUCUUGCGAGCUUUAGCUGACCUUAUGUUUUAAUCCUCAAGGUUUGCGCACACUAGAGCCGAUUCUCAAGGGCACCUAUAUCGACUCGUAUCUUGGCUUAGUAAUCACGCGGGCAGAAGCAGAAAGAAGAGAAGCGGGAUAUCGACAAAGCGGGCUCUCAUACCUUUUUGAUCUGGAUUUUUUUGAGAAGUCCAUGAAUUGUGGGAUGGAAAAGACCUUAGAAGCUCUCGAGAUUAUAGAAAAUCCAGAAACACCAGAUCUGGAAUCGGCCGAAGCGCAACCCGCAGCCCCACUGCAGAAGAAGCGUCGAAGAACUACUUAUUUUCGUGGUUCUAGGAAAAGAAGGACAAGGGGACCUUACACUGCUGGAAAUGGUAGGGGGAAACAGAACAAAAAAGAAGUGGAAGAGCUAUCGGAAUAUGAGGAGAUCGGAGAGUAUGGUGUUAAACGGGGAAAGGCCCUAUACGAAACAGAAGAGUUUGGCGAGAGCAGUCGGGCUGCUUCUCACAACCGCCCCAUCAAACAGAAGUCCGAAGUCAGCUCUGGAUACAAGCUCGAGAGAUCAGCAUCUACUACCCCAGAAGACUACAGGCUGCGAAGUUACAGUCUAGAUUCGAAAGAUAUGGGGAAUGUAACUCGAUUUUCCAACCACUCCUGCGACCCAAAUCUCGAUAUUUACAGUGUCGUAACUGGAAGUCACGAAAUUUUCACUUUAGCACUGUUCGCCAACCGUGAUAUCGCUGCAGGCUCAGAACUCACCUUCAGUUAUAGCGGUAAUGCUGGGCUUGAGCGUGCCAAGGAGAAGCAGAAGCUGUUAAAGAGUAGGAAGAACAAGAAGGGCGGCGAGGAUACAGAAUUGUUUAGGUGUAGGUGUGGGACAAGAAAGUGUGUAGGGUUUUACUGGAACUAGCACGCAAUUAUUGGGAUUGGAGUGGGAUCGCUCCUUGGUGUCGGCAUGAGCUGAGCCUACGCACCAGUUGUAUGCUAGCUAACAUGCGUACAAGAGAAAAGAGAAAAAAAAAACAAGAAGGAAAGACAGAAAGAUGAAAAAAUAUAAAAAUGGGGAGAAAGAGAGAAAGAAAGAGGUCGGAGGAAAGAGGUGGGGAGAAAAAAAGAGAGAGAAAGCUCUAGUAGAGUAUGAAAAUCGAGAAAGAAGGGGGAAAAAAAACUCCCGAUGGAAAGCCAAGUCCUAAAAAGUGAAGGGCAGGUGGAUUUAGUGUGUGGGAGCAAUAGAUGUUUGGGUGGGGGUGGAAAGCUUCUGGUACGUAUUAGGGGAGUACAAUACAGCACUGUAUUGAAAGCUGGAAGCAGAGAUGGAAUAGGAGGAGGGAUGUGAAACUGGAGUGGAGAGCUUCCUUAUACGUAUCAAGGAGAUAGCAGUCCAGACUCAGACGCCGGUAAGCCGGUCUUUUAAAGCGCAACAUAGUGUUGAAGAUUUUCCUUAGUCCGUUUUUUGAAUCUCUACUUUUCUUUGUUUUCUUACCUUGCUACUAGCUCCCCCUAUCGUUUUUUUUUACCCUUUUUGCAAAGGGAAUGUUGUUCUGUUUUGGGACACAUGAUAUCUCUCGCUACUAUUCCUUCUCCCCUCCCCUCCUCGCCUCCUUUUUCCCUUACUUUUUGACACUUCGGCCUUUUACUUCCCAUGAGCGUUCUUUCCCGCUUCCAACUAGCUCUUCUUUUGCUUCCUUUGUUCAUUAUAUCCUCACUUCUUCUUUCUUCUAUUCUACCCUGCCAAUUUUUACUGUUUUGUGGUUUGGAGCAUCUUCUCAAUUGUCUCUUGCUUGCCUUUCUUCCUUUGUCGUCUUUUCCUGUGUGUUGGAUUUCCCUGAACAAGUGUAGAUCGAGAAUCAUACCUUUACUUUUUUCAUCUGCUUUAGCUGGCUAGCUCAAACAAUUUACUAAGACUCAGAACACGGAUACGGAUGGGUAGAUGGAAGGUGGGAUAGCCGAAUUAAAAAAAAAAAUCCUUUAAAUUCUCGAUCUUGCACGGAACCCAAGUUCUAAAAAAGUAUGGCGUAGAAACCCUACAAACAAAAGAAAACAACCUCACUUCAAAACUGAGAAAUAGUAAAAACUAUAUCUACUCCUCUUAUAAUUAAAUACAAUUUACAAUUCAUGAAACCAAGUUAGUAUUUUUUAUAAAAAGAAAGCUAUUCUAACAACACACGAAAUCCAAUUUCUUUACAUCCUCCUCUCCUCUAUCCAAGCCUCAAUUAUGCAGCUAUGAAAGAGGAUAAGAUAGUUUGCAGUAGGAUAGCAACCAGUAUAUUUCUUCUCAGAGGAUAUAAUAAUACUUUCAUAAAGCUAGUUGUCAAAAGUGUUCAUAAUCUGAGACCUGUUUAAUUAAC